AUGGCAGAACCAUUUCUUAUUAUUUGGCUGAUGGAUCAAGUAAAUAGUGACAAUGAAAAUGCACUUCAUUUGCGUACUCUUGUCGCUAACGAUAAUCUCCAAACAUAUCACAGCUGGGACGAAUGUAUUGAUUUUAUAACUGAUAUUAAGGAAAUUUCCAUGAAAAUCUAUCUUAUUAUUUCGUUAUCAUCGCUGACCGAAGCGAGUGAAACGUUGAUAAACACAGCUGAAGAAUUGUCAAAAAUUGAUUCGGUUUAUAUUCUGUGUUCAACUGCAUCCUUUCCUGCAAUUUCUUCUGCAGCUGACACUAAAAUACGCGGAAUUUACACCGAUUAUCAGUCUUUAGUCAAUCAACUACUGCGCACGAUGAGCAUUGAGCGGUAUCGUUACAGACGUUUUGCUAGCGAUGAUUUCACUGUAACUGCAAUGAUGCCGUUACCGAUCGUCGCGGUCACUACACUUCAGUCUUCUUCAUUAGCUACUAACACAACUACCACGGCGAAAAGACAAGAAGCUGAAUUUAUGUAUUCACAGUUGGCAAGAGACAUUUUAGUUUCAAUGGAAUCGAGUGAAACGGAAAUGCUUGAAUUUCGUCGUCAGCAGUACGCUGAUAAUGAAGCACAGCUACGUUUUAUCCAAGAAUUUGAAGAGUAUUACGAGUCGUGUAACGCUAUCUUCUGGUAUACACGUGAUACAUUUCUCUAUCGUCUUCUGAAUAAGGCCUUGAGAGAACAGGAAAUUGAUACAUUGUAUUCACUGAGAUACUUCAUUAGACAUCUUCAUUUACAAUUGAAAGACUUUCAUUCUAAACAAUUAUCAGCAAAUACAACUGCAGAAAAUGAUGAAAUAGUCACUGUGUACCGUGGACAGUCGAUUAAAAACGAGGAAUUUGAACGUAAAAUACGACAUAAUCUCGGUGGUUUUCUGUCUGUGACUACUUUUUUGUCCACUACAAUGGUUAAGCAGCUAGCUGCUGUGUUCGGUGGCAAUGGUAGUGAAGUUGACAAGCAAAGUGUUCUGUUUCAAAUUGAUAUCGAUCAAUCGGUAAACAAGUUUCCCUAUGCUAAUAUCUCUACGGAAAGUGUAUUCGGUGAAGAGGCAGGUGAAAUUCUAUUUACAAUGGGCUCUGUCUUUCGUAUACUUUCAGUUCAAUCAGCUGGCACUAAUAUGUGGUAUAUCCAUCUGAAACUGACUGGUGAAGAAGACGAAGAGCUGAGGAAUUUAACUGAGUAUAUGAAAGGCGGUCUUGAUAAAUUUUCGCCUGAAAUUCAUUUGGCAAGAUUACUAUUCGAAAUGGCUCAGUACAAUAAAGCAGUAAAUUAUUUAAACAUAGCAAUGCAAGACUCACAGCUUAUGGAAGAUUGUAUUGUACGUGUUUACAUCUACAAUGAACUCGGAGAUAUAUACGGCGCAAUUGGGGAAGGAGAUAAAUCUGCAGAGUACUAUAGAAAAGUGCUCGAGAUAGAUCUUAGACACUUGCCUGAACAUCAUCCAGCUUUAAUGGUAGCCUACAGUAUUAUAGCCGUGAUGCAUAAGAGAGACGGCGAUUUGGAACAGACAUUAUUCUACUAUAAUAAAAUGUUGGAAAUAAGUUUAAAACAUCCAGAAGAGACUGAAUGUUCUGAUGCUGAUAGUGACUAUAAAAACAUUGCUGUCGUCUACAAAAAACAAAAACGUUACUCAGAAGCAAUGGAAAUGUGCCGAAAAGCUUUAGAGAUUCAAUUCGAAACUUUGCCACACAAUCAUCCAUCAUUUUCAACAACCUAUCAGUACAUGUCAGAACUAUUUGCUAUACAAAAAAACUAUGAAGAGGCAAAUCAAUAUUUACAAAAAGCAUUAGAAAUUCAAAAAAACUCCCUAUCACCAGAUCAUCCUGAUUUUAUAAAAACAUACAAAGAUUUAUGUUUAUCAUACUAUAAACUAGACAAGUUUAAAGAAUCUUUGGAAUGUAUGAAGAAAGCAAAUGAAUUACGAUUGAAACACUUACCGGCAAUAAAACACUCGAAUGCAGAUGCUGCAAAUAACAAGUUCCAGAAACGAAUUCAAGAGGCAAAUGAAUUAUUAGAAGUCAUUCAGCAGAGAGAAGAAAAGAGUACCCCAGCAGACAACGAUUGA